AUGGCCAGUGACGACGAAUAUGAAAUCGCUCUCAUCGACAAUGAAACAGAUGCGCGUUUAUGUGCUAAAUUAAUAGCAGAAGAAUUUGCUUCCCACAAUCCUUUGUCGACUUUUAAUCAGGUAACAGCUGAACAUCUAUUUGAUAAAUGGCUUUGGCCAUUAAUGAUCGAUGUACUUGAUGAAAAAUUAUCAUUUCUUAUACGACAUCGUCCAACAAAUGAAAUUAUUGCAGCAACCAUAGCCAAUGAUCUAUUCUUACUAUGUGAAAAACAUCCAUAUGAUGCUUCUAGUCCUGCAUCUAGUGAUCCAAUGGUAGAUUUAUUUGAAGAAAUGCGUGAUCGAUUUGUUCAUCAUGAUUUUGACCAAAAAUUACAACCGAAUAUGGUUUUAUGUAUUUCAGCUGGUGCAACACAAUCGAAAUACGCGGGCAAAAAUUUAGCUGUUCAAUUACGUACUCGUAUAUGUGAUCAUGCACGAGACACAAAAGGAUUUCAAUAUGCAUUUAUACAAACAACUAAUCCAGCAACACGUCAUAUCUAUGUUAAAAAAAUGAAUGGAAAAGAAAUGUCAAUUCUUGAUCCAGGAACUUGGUUAUGGAAGAAGAAAGGUGAUGAUUUAUCAUGUCCACUUGCAAGUUAUAAAGGCGAACCAAUUGUCAAUAUUCUUGUUAAACUGAACGAACGAAAAUGA